UUAGGUUUACAUUUCGUCGCGGCGGCAAGGAGAAAAAAAACCCUAAGUAACAAAAAAAUGGCGACUCAACCAGCUGUUGAAUCUGUGCAAUGCUUCGGAAGGAAGAAGACCGCGGUGGCAGUCACCCACUGCAAACGUGGAUCUGGUUUGAUCAAGCUCAAUGGUUGCCCAAUCGAGCUUUUCCAGCCUGAGAUCCUCAGAUUCAAGAUCUUCGAGCCAGUGCUUCUCCUCGGAAAGCACCGUUUCGCUGGUGUUGACAUGAGGAUCCGUGUCAACGGUGGUGGUCACACUUCUCAGGUGUACGCCAUACGUCAGAGCAUCGCGAAGGCGCUUGUUGCGUUUUACCAGAAGUAUGUGGAUGAGCAGUCGAAGAAGGAGAUUAAGGAUAUCUUGGUGAGGUAUGAUAGGACUCUUCUUGUUGCUGAUCCGAGGAGGUGUGAGCCUAAGAAGUUUGGUGGUCGUGGUGCUCGUGCUCGUUUCCAGAAGAGUUACCGUUAAAAUCAAAGAUGGUUUGUUCUUUUUGUUUUGUAUUUCUUAUGAGUAUGGACUUGAGUGAGAAAGACUCUUUAGAUUUUAUAUUUUCAUUCUCCUAAGAAAACUUAUGUUUUGUUGUGAUGUUUACUCGAUUUUGGUAUCUUAAAAGUUGUUAUUUUUAUU